AUGGUUUUCGUCCUCUUCUUACAAAUCCUCGUCCACCAAAACACCGCCGGCCGGAUGCCUCGAGAUACGCGUGAGAAACCCUUCGCUUGCCAAUGCGGCCAGGCCUUCACGAGAAAAGACCUGCUCUCGCGUCAUCUCAGACUAUCACAUGCCCAACUCAGCGAUGUACCGCCAGUCGAGGAGGACGAGGAUCACGAGGAACCCAGCGCGCUGAACACGGAUGAGACAAGGCAGGACGACCCAGGCUUUCUUUUCGAUCCCCAGUUCCUCACGCAAGACAUGCUCCCACCAACCCUGUUCGAUUUUGACACGAAUCUUCCUCUUAUGUAUCCUCGCUCCCCGAGCUCCAAUGAUUUCCCUCGUUUCAGCUCCCGUCUACCGGAAUUAGACAGCGCAGAACGCCUACUGAAUACCGAUGAGGAUCAUAGCGGAGCCUUCACGGAUUAUAGAAGUAUGCUACCUUGGUCUUUUUCCGAAUCCGCCUACGAAGGUUUCUGUCUCGAAGUUGAAUCCUUCUCGGCAGUUUUACCGCAUCAUUGGCAACUCCCAUCACGAAAUGCCUUGAGUCGCAACCUGGAGUCGUACUUCCGCUGUGCUCAAGACAAUCUCCCUUUCCUUCACUCCGCGACCUUCUCAGUCGCAAAGACGGACAUCGAACUACUGUUAGCUGCUGCCUCUCUGGGAGCGUUGAACCGGUUUGAAACCUCUUGUUCCUAUCGCUUGUACGAUAUGGCGAAAGCGAUACUUUCGGAGAAUCUACGUCGACAAGACUCUGAAUCGUGCACUGGCAUGCCGGCACAGCAAGGCCAUUCCAUUCUUCAGAGAAGGAAUGGAUUUGGGAAGAUCCAAACGCUUAUCCUACUCGUUGCUUAUGCGUCAUGGGCUGGAAAGGACAUCUUACCAGACGCAAUAUCGCUUGGAGGACGAUUGGGUAUGCUUGCAAAACAGCACGGGAUCUCAGAAACACAAGAAUUGACGCGCGUGAGUGGUCGGCGGAUGGAUGUCGCUGAGACGGAACGGGCCUGGUGUGAGUGGGUGGCUGCUGAAGAGCGCAGGAGGACCCUGCUCUCGGCUUAUGUGCUUCUCAGUCUACACAAUAUCGCCUAUGGCAUCCCUCCCCAGCUCUCGAACCGUGAUAUAUGCGUCUUCCUGCCCAGCUGCGCGGAGCCAUGGAAAGCCGCCAGUUCAGAAGAGUGGCAUCGGAGCAAUGUUUAUAGCCAGUGUCUUUUUCAACAAGCGCUCCGCUCGCUUUUUAAUGGUAACGUAUCUCCAGUGUCUUCGUUCGCUAACUAUGUGCUCAUUCACGGUUUGCUUCAACAAAUGAGCGUCGCCGAUGAUGAUGACGCGAUUGGACGACCUCUCCGGCCGGAUAAAGCGAAAUCCUUUGAGACCGCUUUGAGGACGUGGCAAUUGUGCUGGGAGCUCACCCAGGAGUCCACCCUUGAUCCUCUGUCAGAGAAAGGGCCACUGGGACUGAAUGCAACGGCUCUGCUUCGGCUGGCCUAUAUCCGAUUAAGCUCUAAUCUGGCCCCGUGCAGAGCCCUGUUGUUCAGAGAAAUCAAUGACAUUGUGGUUGAAAGAAGCUGCUUGCAAAGGUCAUCUCUACUGGAUCGGGCUGUUCUUCAUGCCGCACACGCUUUGAGUAUACCAGUGCGUUUGGGCAUUGAACUGGUUACCCAUACUCGGCUACCAUUUAGAAGUAUCGAAAAUUCGCUGAGCAGCCUCGAAUGUGCCUUACUGUUGAGGGAUUGGCUUGCCAUGGUCGCCACGAUUACUGGAUCCCGUGGCCCGGACAAAUUGCGCAGGACGGAGCGCGAGCUCCUCGACAUCGUCAGUGGAAUCAUCAAAGAGACGUCUCUGGCGGAAACUCUGGAUAUUCACGAGGACGACUCAUCGCGCUAUCAGCGCAUGGCAACGACAACAUUAAGACUCUGGGCCCAAAUAUUUCAAGGCGUCCAUGUUCUUGAGAUCGACACGCUCAUUGGCUCUGGCCUUCAACUUCUGGCAGAGGCUGCUUAG